AUGGAAUCUGUGAUGAUCAGGCCGAAUCCUGGCUGGGUGCAGCAUCGAAUCACCACAGGGUUACGUGCACUUGUGGGACAGGCGUGUCGAAACCCCAUUCAUACUCUGCUUGUCACUGCUCUGGCAGCGGCCAUGACCUAUCUUCAUGUUUUGGAAGGGAGCUAUCGGGCUACUAAUGCAGGUCUGGGGUCCGAGAUCGAGACAGCCCCCUUGAACAUCCAGUCUUUCCUCUGGGGCAGCCGCACUCUUCACCUCGGAGCGACCAGCUCCUGGAGAUGGCAGUUCGAUGACCUGCCUGAGGCGUCUGAGUUUCACCAAGCGAACUCUCACUGGGCCCUUGUCACCCUUAAUAUACCAGAUGCUUCUGUCGCGGAUAGUAUCUCCCUUCUGUCAGAUUCGCUCGCCCAGUCUCUCGGUGCGGAUCUAAUUCCGCCUACUUCCAACUUCUUCACUUUCUCUGAUGAUGCCUCGUUGGCGUUUCGAGUUCCAUACUUCCAAUUAAGCGGCUUUCUGGAGGCAGUCAAUACCAUAGCCUCCGAAAACGAGAAUCAUACCUGGAUAAUCAGGUCUCCUCGUGGAGAAGGAAGUCACAUGUCACUGAGACGCUGGCUCGGAAGCUCGUGGCUCGCGUUCCUUCACCGUGCCAAACAUGCAGAGACCGUUGACUUGGUGAUUGUUGGGCUCGGUUACCUAGCCAUGAAUCUGACCGUGGUCUCUCUCUUUCGGGCGAUGCGUCAUCUCGGCUCGAGGUUCUGGUUAGCAGCCUCGGUCCUACUCUCUGGCACAUUCGCCUUUAUACUUGGACUUGGCAUCACGACUGCCUGCCGCGUGCCUGUCGACAUGCUCCUGCUUUGGGAAGGUAUCCCGUUCCUGGUGUUGACGAUAGGCUUCGAAAAGCCGAUCCAAUUUACUCGUACCGUUCUCGACUCGUCUAAAAACCUCCAGCGCAGCGGGUUACAGCAGUCUGCUUUCAUUGGCAACAAUGAGGAUGAUACCCGCCAGAGCCAAUCGAUUUCCAAAACAAUUCAGCUCGCGGUUGAUCGAGAAGGAUGGUAUAUUUUGCGGUCGUAUCUAUUGGAAAUCGGCGCGUUGGGGAUCGGAGCGGCACUCCGGCCGCAGGAAAGUCUCGGUCACUUCUGCUUCCUAGCUGUGUGGAUCCUGCUUGUUGAUGCUAUUCUGCUAUUCACCUUCUACGCCACGAUUCUUUGCGUGAAGUUAGAGGUGACGCGGAUCCGGGGCCCCGGUGCGCUUCAUCAAGCUGACGCGCAGCAUGGCCCUCGAAUUUUUGGGUACAAGGUCAAGCCUGCAAGCGUGGCCCGUUGGAAACUGUUGAUGGUGGGUGGCUUCGUGCUCUUUAACGUGCUCCAACUGUCAUCUUUCUUCUGUCGCUUUAUGGGAGGAUUUAUGGCUAAAGCCGCUCUGACCCCUACUCCUGUCAGUCCUUUCAGAGUAGCGGCCAACGGUCUGAACGAUAUUUACCUGUCAGCUCGCCGCGAGGGGGUAGAGACGCGUGCGACAGUGCUAAUGCCUGUUCGGUAUGUCCUAGAGUCAUCUAAGCAUGAUUUAUCAGCCACUAGACGCCCCGUGUUUGAGGGUGUGCUGGCUGGACUGGAAAGCCCGCUCGGUCGACUCUGGCUUAUAAGCGCUUUGGUCAUCAGCCUCAUUCUCAACAACCAUCUGAUCCAGGCCGCCCGCUGGCAUGCUCUGCCCCGAACCAAAAAAGAGUCAGCUGUCAUAGAUAGCUCCUCUCCGUCGUUACCACGCGCCCCCUCUGCCACUGACAUCAGCUCUCGAAGCCCCGAAGAGAUCGAGGCCCUGUUCGAAUCGAACCAAGCAACAUCUCUGACCGACGACGAGCUGCUGGAGCUGUGUCUUCGGGGUAAGAUUGCAGGAUAUAGCUUAGAGAAGACAUUAGAGCGCAUCAUAGCGGGAUCGUCCAGCGCAGUAACCAGACUGGAAGCAUUUACGCGCGCCGUGCGGAUCCGCCGUGCCGCUGUAUCGAGGACGCCUUCCACGCAAGGCCUCAGCAGCGGCGUCGAAGAGUCGUUGCUCCCCUAUCGCGACUACAACUACGAGCUCGUGCACGGCGCCUGCUGUGAGAACGUGAUUGGAUACCUCCCUUUGCCCCUAGGUCUCGCCGGCCCUAUGGUGAUCGAUGGCCAAGCGUACUUUAUCCCGAUGGCCACAACUGAGGGAGUGCUCGUUGCCAGCGCCAGUCGGGGUUGCAAGGCUAUCAACGCGGGAGGCGGCGCGGUGACUAUGCUCAAGGGCGAUGGGAUGACACGGGGCCCUUGCCUGGGGUUCCCCUCUGCUUCACGCGCCGCUGAAGCUCAGCGCUGGGUCGAGUCGUCCGUCGGUCACGAGGUGCUCACGACCGCUUUCAACGCAACCAGCCGGUUCGCCCGCCUUCAGACCCUGACUGUAGCGCAGGCAGGCACCUACCUUUAUAUUCGAUUCCGCACUACCACCGGCGACGCGAUGGGUAUGAAUAUGAUCUCUAAGGGGGUCGAGAAGGCUCUCGAGGCGAUGGCUGUGCAGGGCGGAUUUCCGGACAUGCACACUAUUACACUCUCAGGAAAUUUCUGCGCUGACAAGAAGUCCGCCGCCAUUAACUGGAUUGGGGGCCGCGGCAAGUCCGUUAUCGCCGAAGCCACGAUCCCCGCCGACACCGUGCGGAAGGUUCUGAAGACGGAAGUUGAUGCGUUAGUCGAACUCAACACUGCUAAGAACCUGGUCGGCAGUGCCAUGGCCGGUAGUAUUGGUGGGUUUAAUGCCCAUGCGUCCAAUCUUGUUCAGGCGGUGUUUCUAGCCACCGGCCAGGAUCCUGCUCAAAAUGUUGAGAGUAGUAGUUGUAUCACGACCAUGAAGAACAUCAAUGGGAACCUCCAGAUCGCCGUCUCGAUGCCCUCGAUGGAGGUCGGGACGAUCGGCGGAGGCACCAUCCUCGAGGCUCAAGGCUCCAUGCUGGACCUGCUCGGGGUGCGCGGUGCGCAUCCCACUGACCCUGGUGCCAAUGCGCGCCGUCUAGCCCGGAUUGUCGCCGCUGCAGUGCUGGCGGGCGAGUUAAGCACGUGCUCUGCUCUAGCGGCUGGCCACUUGGUCAAUGCUCAUAUGCAGCACAAUCGCAGUGCGGUGGCGUCAGCAAGGAAGUGA